UUUGAGUAAUGUGUCCGGUGUAGACCGACUAUAAAACCCGAGAUACGGUGUUACUUCACGAGUAGAUUAUUCAACGGCAUCGCGAGACGAGGAUCCCUUCUUAUAGACAAAAUGGCUAAGUUCCAUUUUCUUGUUGUGUGCAGCCUACUUGCUGUUCUAUUCCACAGUUACCUCGGGAGUGCAGCAGAAACUUGUGAUGAAGAUCCGUGCCUGAAUAGAGGGUCCUGCACUUCGGAAACCAAUUCAACCGGCUACCAGUGUACGUGUCAAAAUGGCUACACGGGAACAAACUGUGAAGUCGAUCCAUGUGCUAAUGCUCCUUGUCUGAAUGGAGGUACCUGCCAGGUUCGAGAUGACAGUGAAGUGGGGUAUAUUUGCUUUUGCAAGAAGAACUUUCUGGAAAUGAACUGCGGGAGAGAUGCUAAUGCGUGCCGUAGUACUCCUUGUCUCCAUAGAGGAGAUUGCCGGAACCGACCCGCAACAGGAUCGUUUAUGUGCCGCUGCUUACCUGGGACCUCGGGAGAUCAAUGCCAAAAUAAUGUUGACGAUUGUGCGAAUUCCCCCUGUCAGAAUAAUGGUACCUGUACGGAUCGUAUUGGAGGAUUUAUCUGCAUCUGUCCAAAGGGAAUCGUAGGACAGCUUUGUGAAAUGGACUUCAGCUCCCAGAUCGAAGUAACUUGUGACGCUAAAAAGAUGACGGUCACACUGGUUCCAAGUCUUCUACCUGACGAGUAUGACCUUAGAUCCAUCCAUCUUGAUGAUGAGACCUGUAGUGGUGUCUUAGAAGACUCCAAGAUCAAGCUGUCUACCCCAUACGAGGAUUGCGGCACAACGGUUAAGGAUUCUGGUGACACCAUUAUCUUCUCCAACACAAUACUUCAUACGAAAAAUGUAAUCACCUCACACGACCUUCUUAAACUUCCUGUGGAAUGCAUUCUGGGAAAGAAAGAAACUCUCUAUGGUGGCCCCUAUCAACUCAAACAUGGACUUCCCACUGCAUUCAAGGGUUAUGGUCGAUUUGAAUUGACGUUGAAGCGAUACGCUUCAAGUCGAUUCAAUGUUGUUGUUCUCCCGAACUCUAGAGAUGACCGUGUUGGAGAUCCAAUGUUCUAUGCGGCCUCCCUUGAAUCUUCAGCUAACCUUACUGUAUUGCUUGAUGAUUGUUGGACCACACCCCACGAAGAACCUAACGACACAGUGCGAUAUGAUCUCAUUGUGGACGGUUGCCCCGACGAACCAUCUGUGAUGCUCUGGAAUAUUACUGACCCCCUCAAACAAGGAUUCUCUUUCCGGGCGUUUGACUUUGUCGGUUAUGUUAAGGUCCAUGUCCAUUGUGAUGUAACCGUGUGCGUUACUGGUAGUAGCGGUUGUAAACAAAGUUGUAACGGUAACCCUCUGCCGCGCCUUCGACGUAGCCUCCGUGAAGCACCAAGCCUCUCAAUGACGAACAACGCUAUUUCGAGUGACCCGAUAACCCUCAAUUAUGACGUAUAAGAUCGAGAAGUACACAAAAUGGUAUUUGUUUAAAGGAAAAUCGUCAGUUUGCACGUCUGGUAUUAAAUAUGAAUAUUUUAUGAAUUGAACGAAGGAUAUCAGGGCAAGGGUUAAUAGCGAAAGUGUGAUGACGUAUAUGAUCGAAUGAUCAAGCAAUGCUUCCAAUUUAAGAUUUAAAAGAAACAUCGUCAAUUUUCCACGUCUGGUAUCAAAAAUGAUUAUAAAUUAACAGAAAAUGCAAAAGAAUAUUGAUUAUAAUUAUAUUGAAGGCAAUACAUUAACACUUUGCUGGUUUAUCCAUUUUAAUAAUUAAUUGACCAAAUUAUCGUAUAUCACAUGUCAUAGUUCAAACAAGUUCGAUAUCCACUAAAGUUCCACAAUUCAGUAUAUUCUAUCAAGGGUUGAAGUAAAAUUGAAAAACCUAGUCAAUUUACCAAUUUAGAUACAAGUAGAAGGAAGUAUAUUAUUUUGUCUGAAGAAAUGAAUCAUAAUUUAUCUUAUUUUCCACUUACACUACUAGAAGCAAAGAUGACUAGAAACAUGUUUAGUGUAACGGUGAAGAUCUUAACAAUUUCGUCGUGACCAUGAGAAAUGACUGAAAUCUUGUUUACCAUCCAUAAAUUGUGUGUUUUGCUGGAUAAUUUGAUCGAGCAUUACUUUUGGAUGCAGUAGCACCGAUGGGUCACUACAUGCUUUCGAUCUGAUGUAAAACAAAUGAAAUUCUCAAUAGCUAUACGAAAUAGAUAUCAUUAGGAAUGAGAGAUCCUCCAGUUAAAUUAUUUGAUUAGGAUUAUGUUAUAGAACACGACUUCAACCAACUUGAUCGCAAGUCUAAGAGACCUGUAUACAGCUCACGAGACAAGAUAAUGUUGACCUUUUAUAUUCCUGAGUUUUUUCAAAACUGAUAACCCACGAGACCAAAUGAUUUACUUUCGAUAGCCGUCUUAUUUUCUGAGCAUUAUCAGGACGCUCUUUGGACAAGAUCGAAAUAUUUGAUGUCAGGGCUUAGUUUAAUGGUUCAAUGGCCUGAAGGUCCAUGAGACCGAAAUAGUCAGAUAGUUAGCAGUAAGUGCUUAUUGUGAUCUCCUCGACAUUUGAUCUCGUAACCCAUCUGUCAGCUGACAUGACAUCAAUUUUACACUUGUGUAUUGAGAAUAAAUAGAUAAUAGGCCUAGUAAUACUACAUGUACAAAGGUGUAAAUUUAAACGCCGCAAAUACUUUGCUUGUAGGCGCCAUGAUAAGCAUAUGAAUCGAUUUUCAGGAGGGGUUGUUCAUAAUUAGUUAGAUAUUUAGAGAUUAAUUCAGAUACAGACAUUUUCAAUUUUGUUUUCAUUUUUCCAAUGCUUGAACUCGAGUAUUCUCAAGUCGAAUCAUCUUAUGCUUUGACGCGGUCAAAAAUCUGCUUCAUGAAGUCCAUUUGUGAAGCCAGAUUGGAUGCUGUAAGAUAAAUAGAUAGGACAUUCCAUUACAUUCUGAUAAAGUUAUGUGUAACGACGAAAUACACCUGUUGUUGUAAUUCAUGAGAUUAUUCAUCAAUCAUACGAUUGAGGCGAAAGCAUAUAUAUCUAUUUGAAAAUUAAAGAGUUAUGAAAAAUGUAUAAGUUACUGAGAACGUAGGACUCGUAUUCUGUGAAUAUAAGCCAGUGUUAGCAGAUUUGAAAAGUGACCCAGAUUACGAGAGAGCGUUGUCCUUCGUACAGGAAAUGUUAUCAUCAUUAAGUACAAAAGUAUUUGUUCAGAGAAUGUUCUUCCUCAGGAAACUAGAGAUGUUCCAUGUUGAUAACACAUUCCUGACCCUUUUCUACCAUAAUAAUUCAGAGCAUGUUAGCAUUCAAUCUCUUUUGCACAUCUGGUAGUCUGUCACUAAAACAGAAGGGGAGAUUUGAUAGCAUCCGAAAAAUGGCACAGAAGGUAUUAUGAUCGGAAAUAGUCCCUGUUCAAGCAUUGUACGACAAACCUCUACAUGCGAAAGUUCAGAACAUGUUGGCAGACAGUACCCACCCACUCAAUGAUUGUUUUAAGUUCAAUCGUUCCGGAAUACGUUAAUAGUCGUAAAUCGCUCUUCAUUUCCCGGAUUAAAGCUUAGCUUUUGACAAAUACUAGUAGCAAGUAGUUGUUGUUUUAAUACAUUUUUGACGUAAUAUUUUUUUUAUUAUUUUUUUAUCUUUUUUGUCUGCAAAAGUUUAUAAAGGGAGGGGUCGGUGAUUGUUUGUUUUCUUCAAAAUGUACCAUUAUACACGACUGCAUUCAUUCUUCUAUUUUCACCUCAUAAUCUCACUUACUUUAAUUUUACAGUUCACAACUAUGUAGAUAAUGUACAUCAAAGUGCCUUAACAGGACACAUGUCAUGAUACUAUACCAGGCAAUUAUUACUAUUUCAAUAUUCUGAAACCAAUAUGUAUAUCAAAAACGUUAAGGAACAAUGGUAAUGCAUUCAUAAAAUGCAUUGUGUAUAUGUAAGUAAACAAUCAUAUGCAUGUCGGCUAAUAUAACCACACA